AUGGCCGGCCGGAGCUGCCAGCAGAGGCUCCUCCGCUGCAACGAGCGGGCCGGAGCCGCAGCCCGAGCGAGCCUUGCAGAACCCAGCGGGCAGGUGCGCCGCGGCGGGGACGGCAGCGGCAUGACCGGCCACCACGGCUGGGGCUAUGGCCAGGACGACGUUUCCCAGACCCGGGAGCCCCUACCCUCCAGGCCCAACUGGGACCCCACUCCCGUCCAGUCCCCCAAACCCGACUCACCUGCGGGCGAGGUCCCCGGCGCCCCCACGCCCCGCGCAAAGUCCGUGCUGCGCCCCGGCCGCCCCGCCGCCCGCAGGAGCCCGGCCGAGCGCGUCCCGCCGCCUCCGCGAAGCCCGGGAGGUGGUCGUGCUGAAGGCCCCUCACAGUGGCACAAGCUGUACCCCAUCGCCCAGGGAGACCGCCAGUCACCCAUCAAUAUCGUAUCCAGCCAGGCUGUAUACUCGCCCAGCCUGAAGCCACUGGAACUUUCCUACGAGGCCUGCACAUCCCUCAGCAUCGCCAACAAUGGCCACUCUGUCCAGGUGGACUUCAAUGACAGUGAUGAUCGAACUGUGGUGACUGGGGGCCCCCUGGACGGGCCCUACCGGCUCAAGCAGUUCCAUUUCCACUGGGGCAAGAAGCACAGUGUGGGCUCGGAGCACACGGUGGAUGGCAAGUCGUUUCCCAGCGAGCUGCACCUGGUUCACUGGAACGCCAAGAAGUACAGCACCUUUGGGGAGGCAGCCUUAGCACCCGACGGCCUGGCUGUGGUUGGUGUCUUCUUGGAGACGGGGGACGAGCACCCCAGCAUGAACCGUCUGACGGAUGCACUCUACAUGGUUCGAUUUAAGGACACCAAGGCCCAGUUCAGCUGCUUCAACCCCAAGUGCCUCCUGCCUGCCAGCUGGCACUACUGGACCUACCCAGGCUCCCUGACGACACCCCCACUGAGCGAGAGCGUCACCUGGAUCGUGCUCCGGGAGCCCAUCAGGAUCUCUGAGAGGCAGAUGGAGAAGUUCCGGAGCCUGCUCUUCACCUCCGAGGAUGACGAGAGGAUCCGCAUGGUGAACAACUUCCGGCCGCCUCAGCCACUGAAGGGUCGUGUGGUCCAGGCCUCCUUCCGGGCCUGAGCUGCCCGCCCGCCCCGCGG